AUGGCCCCUACAACCCCUUACUCUCCUGCGCCUCCAAAGGGUAAGAUCACAGCAACUAAAGAGGAACAUGCUUUAUCUUUGGACACAUCUAAAGGAAACCCAAAUGGUGUGAAGAGGAACACUGCUUCUACCCCUGUGAGGCCAACUUCAUAUCAGAAUUUAUCUUUCAAUCCAAAUGGAACCUAUGGAAGAGGUUUUUGCUGUUUGCAGCCUCAGGUAGAAGUUAAGGUUGCAACUGGUAGAUUAUUAAAGAAAUGGCAUGGUCACUAUAGGCCUGUUACUUGCUUGGUAUUUUCUAAUGAUCAGUCACUUUUGAUUUCUGGAUCUGAGGAUGGAACUGUUAGAGUCUGGUCACUUCUGAUAGCAGGACAUCUGUAUGAAUACCGUUUCACUGGUCAUACUUUACCUGUAACUGACAUUGUCACAGGCUAUGGAGGAUCCAAUGCAAUUAUCUUAUCUGCUUCUCUAGAUCGUACUUGCAAGGUAUGGAGCCUAACUAGAGGGACAUUGUUGAGAAAUAUUGUGUUCCCUUCAAUAAUUGAUGCAGUUGCAUUAGAUCCAGGGGAACAUGUUUUUUUAUGCUGGUAG